AUGGCGGAGCUUGUAGCUGCGGGCCGCUUGCUCCGGGAUGCUGUGUCAGGACGUUAUCAGCUCCAUGGCCAGCGCAGGGAUGCACUGAAUCUCGAGAAGGACGUGUCAGAAAUCAAAAGAGAUUUGAAGAAGAUGAUGGAUGGCCAGGGGAAGUCGGUGUUCGAGGAGCCAGGGGCAGCUGAUAGUAGAGCGCUUCUGGCGAGGGUACUGGCAGACAACAGACAUAUCCUUGAGAUUCUCGAUAGCUUAAAGGAGUCUGUGGCAAAUAACAAAACGAUGUUGGAGAGCUUUAGGGGGGAGCAGGAGGAACUAAAGGAGUCAGUUGAUAACCUAGAUAGCUCCGUGGAUACGCUUGACGACUCGGUAAGAGACGCCAUGAAGGAAAUGGAAGAGCGCAUUGGGACAGUCAAAGAGUUGGUGAAAGAGGCCCUAGAAGAGAGUGUGGAAGAGACGCUCAAGGAGACCGUAGAAGAGGCGGUGAAAGAGACCAUGGAGAGCACGGAAGAGACGCUGAAAGAGACCAUAAAAGAGACGGUGAAAGAUGCCAUAAAUGAGACAGUGAAAGAGACUGUAGAGAAUGUGGAAGAGUCACUGAAAGAGACCAUAGAAGAGGCGGUGAAAGAGACCAUAGAGAGUACCCUGGAAGAGUCCGUGAAAGAGACCAUAGAGAGUACAGUGGCAGAUUCGAUGAGAGAUGCCAUAGAGAGUACAAUGGAAGAGACCGUGAAAGAGGCCAUAGAGAGUACGGUGGAAGAGUCCAUAGAGAGUAUGGAGACGUCAGUCGAUAAAUUCAAUGAGUCGGUUGAAAAGCUGGAAGAGACCAUCUCAGAUGCCUUGGAUCACAAGUAUAACUCGAUGGAUAACCUGGUGGAACAAGCCAGAAAUAUACUGGGCAAGAUGGAGGAGCGCUUAGAUGAGUAG